UAAUUGUUACUCUGUUUUCUUCCGAUGUUCUCGUGAGCAGAUCGAUUUCUGCUCCUCCGAUCUUCGCCUGCAUCGUGAGUGGGUCCGGGGUAAUUUGUGGGUCCCGCCAUUGGAGCAUCAUGCAUCUCCUUCUUCUGGCCAGAGGAAAAGGAGUGGAGAAGAUGGAAGAAAUGGUAGUCAUACUUCCUGUGAUAAGGGUAGGGUUACAAGUAAUGGAGUUGAAAGAGAUGUAAGAAGGAAAAGUGCCAAUACUCCAACUAAACAAGAUGGGUUCGUGUCGAAUGGAAGAUGCACAGAAGAAAGGAGGAGAAGCAAUCGUUCCAUUACUAAUGACAUUGUAGCAAAGGAAAGAAAGGAUGUAAAGCUGAGGAUAAGUAGCAAUGGUGCGUGCAAGAAACAUGAAUUGGUGAUAAAUGGAAAAUUAAAAGAUCCACAAAGGAGAGCUAGCAAAAAUUCAGGUCGCUAACUAUUAAAAUGAUGAAAGAUUCCCUCAAAAGAAAGAAAGUUUGAUGAAGAAUGAUCGCCACUCUAGCAUUUCACAUUUUCCUUAUUUCAAGAGCUUUCUAUACGAUUCUAUGGUUUGUGGCCUCAACAACAUUUUUUUGGAGCUUUUGGUGGUAUGCACCAUAUAGUUGUUUUAACAGAGAAAAAACAGGCUAGAUAUUGGUGAUGAAGAAUGCAAUUCAGUAUUAUAGGAUGCUGCCAGCUACCAAGGUCUUGGUCGCAAGUGAUUUUUGAGGCCCUAAUGCCUGUGACCAGUAGGGCUCUUGAAGCGGCAUUUGCAUCUCAUCGCCAACGAUAUGUAUACUUGUAGGAAAUUUAAGGUCUAUCUCUGUCAUUAAUAUGUCAAGAGCUUGUAAACCUGUGAAAUUAGAUUUAUACAUGUCUAGUUAACUUAUAGCUGAUCAUGACAUGUAUCAAGUUUUUUUUGUUUUUUUUUUUUAACAAUAUUUUUCUGGCAAAAAGUCAGACCUCUCGGAAAUGUUAUAACCAUUUUGUUUGUUAAUGCAAUAUCAUACUUCGCAUUAGCAAAGGCUUCAAAAUUGAUGCCUUGUUAAUUCUUUUAUGCUAUUUUGAUGAUGGCUGGUCUGUGAUUAUAGAGGUUGGGGUUUAGCCGAUAUAGGCAUGGCAAGGCACAUAAGUAACCUGAUGCAGAGAAGCUUUGGACUUCCCUAAGCCUUUAUCUGAUAAUGGCUUUAGUUCACUGAGAUGACCACGAGAUUGAACCUUAAAAGGCUUAUGUAGUCGCAAAUCUUACCUCACAAGUCACACCUUUCCUAACCUCCUUACUUCGAAACAAUCCGUCACACGUACAACUCUUUUAAGCAACGGUGCCCUGCUGCCUCCACAGGGGCUGUGAACUGCUCGACUUUUCGAAAAUGCAAGUGUGCAUGAUAUAAAAUCCAAUUAUAUCCCAAUUUGAAGAAAUAUGGGUAGAAGGAUACUGAAACAGGAUUUAACCAUACAAUAAACCAUCUUAUCCAGAUUACUACAGGUUUACUGUGAACCACCAAUGAAUUUGAGCUAUUACAGUAUGAACACAAACACCUUCAAACCACCUCCUACACAUCUCACUCUCUCUCCUCCCCCAAAUUUCCCAGAAAUCUCAAACUGCAAAACCAUCAAACACUUCAAACAAAUCCAUGCCAAACUUAUCAAAACUUCCCAAAUUCAUGACCCUCUUAUUUCUGCUGAACUCCUUAGGUGUUCCGCUUUCGCGCUUAAAAAUCUCGACUAUGCUCGUCUUCUCUUCUACCGUAUGAACCAACCCAACCCCUUUUCAUACAACACCAUUAUUAGAGCUAUUGCUGAUUUACAAGAUGACCCAAUUGAAGCUUUGUCUAUAUUUACCCUUAUGUUGCUUGAUGAUUCUCUCUCUCCUAACAAGUUCACUUUCCCUUCUGUGCUUAAAGCCUGUGGCAAACUCAGAAAUUUGAUUGCAGGUAAACAAGUUCAUGCCCAGUUGAUAAAAUUGGGUUUUGAAGAUGAUGAAUUUGUUGUUAGCAAUCUUUUGAGGAUGUAUGUCAUGUGUGGUAUUAUGGAUGAUGCUCAAUCAUUGUUUUUUAAUAGAAUUUUGAUGGAUGAUUAUAGUGUUAAUAGUAAUAUGUUUUUGGAUAAUAAUGGUGUUAGUAAGAGGAGGCAAGAAGGUGAUGUGGUUUUGUGGAAUGUGAUGGUUGAUGGGUUUAUUAAACUUGGGGAUAUGGGAGCUGCACGCCAACUGUUUGAUAAAAUGCCUCGGCGAAGUGUGGUUUCGUGGAAUGGGAUGAUUGCUGGCUAUGCUCAACGCGGUUGGUUUAGGGAUGCUAUUGGGGUUUUUAGAGAGAUGCAGAUGGUGGAUGAGAAUUUUAAACCGAAUUAUGUAACAUUGGUUAGUAUCCUUCCGGCGAUUUCCCAUCUGGGUGCCCUUGAGUUAGGCAAGUGGAUUCAUUUGUAUGCCGAGAGAAGUGGAUUUGAGAUUGGUGAUGUGCUUGGCUCUGCACUGAUUGAUAUGUAUUCUAAGUGUGGUAGUGUUGACAAGGCACUUCAGGUCUUUGAAAGCCUUCCGAAAAGGAGUACCAUAACUUGGAAUGCUGUUAUCAAUGGACUUGCUAUCCAUGGUCGUGCAACCGAGUCUAUUCAUUAUUUCUCAAUGAUGCUAGAUAUGGGGAUCAAACCUAGUGAUGUUACCUACAUUGGUGUUUUGACUGCAUGUAGCCAUGGGGGAAAGGUGAAUGAAGGGAAGAUGUUCUUUGAUCAUAUGAUAAGAGUAGCCGGGUUCAAGCCUAGGAUUGAACACUAUGGUUGCAUGGUUGAUCUCCUAGGUCGUAAUGGACUCUUAAAAGAAGCUGAGAAUUUUAUAUGUGACAUGCCCAUGAAACCCGAUGCUGUCAUUUGGAAGGCCUUGUUGGGUGCGUGUAAGAUGCAUGGGGACAUUGAAAUGGGAAGACGAGUAGCCAAGCAUCUGAUGGAAAUUGCUCCUGAUGAUAGUGGAUCAUACGUUGCUCUAUCAAAUAUGUAUGCAUCUUUAGGGGACUGGGAUGGUGUUGCUCGGGUUAGGUUGUUAAUGAAAGAUAGAGAUGUAAGAAAAGAUCCUGGAUGCAGCUGGAUUGAGCUUGAUGGAGUGAUCCAUGAGUUUCUCGUAGAAGAUGAAUCACAUCCAUGUGCCAAGGAGAUCCAUUUGAUGUUGAAGGAGAUUUCUAACAAAUUACAGUCCAUAGGUUAUCAGCCAAAUACCACACAAGUUUUCCUUAAUGUGGAUGAAGAAGCAAAACAAACUGCCUUGUACCAUCACAGUGAAAAGAUUGCUGUAGCGUAUGGGUUAAUCAGCACCAGUCCUCAAACACCACUUCGGGUGGUUAAGAAUCUUCGAAUAUGUGAAGAUUGUCAUUCAUCGAUUAAACUGAUAUCAAAAUUGUACAGCCGGAAGAUUGUCGUCAGAGAUAGUAAGCGCUUCCAUCAUUUUGAGGAUGGAUUGUGUUCUUGUAACGACUGGUGGUGAAUUCUCCGUGAAAUAAAUGAUUACAUUUUUGUUAUUGAAAGAUUUGUAGGAAGUAGUUCGAGGUCAAUGAGUUACAGAAAGAGCUUGCUGUAAUUAAGUAAUCUAUAGUAUAGAGAAGUUUAGUGAGGUAUUUUGUUUGACCUCAGCCUCAAUAGGUACUCUAGUAAUACCUAAGCCUCAAUACCCAGGUCAUUUAACUAUUAGUGAUGUAUUUAGGGAUGUAAUACCAUCAAUAAGACUUACGGAAAUUGUGCACGAUCAUACAUCGCAUAAUGAAUUUUUUUUAGUGAGUAUACUAGGUUAGUUCCACAAUUGUUAUUUGUGGUUCGCAGUCUGAAUUUUCAUAC